GAGCGGAGCGGAGCUGAGAGAGCUGUGAAGCGGGCGCCGACGCGGAGCAGGCGGGCCGCGAGGAAAAGCGGCGCGGAAGGCCGGGGAAGCUCGCCGGCGGAGGCGGCGGCAGCCCGGACACCGCGGCGGCCUCGACGGCGGCGCGGCCGGAGCCUGAAGGAGCUGCGAGAGAGAGAGAGUCCGCCCUUGCCGGCGUCCCUGCCUCGGGCCCUCGCGCCUCUCCCCGCACCCACCGCCCAGCCCCGGGCCCCGGCCGGACUCGCCUCCGCGAAGUGUCACGAUGUCUGACCGGAAGGCAGUAAUCAAGAAUGCGGACAUGUCUGAGGACAUGCAACAAGAUGCUGUUGACUGCGCCACACAGGCUAUGGAGAAGUAUAACAUAGAGAAAGACAUUGCUGCCUAUAUCAAGAAGGAAUUUGACAAGAAAUAUAAUCCUACCUGGCAUUGUAUUGUGGGCCGAAAUUUUGGCAGCUACGUCACACACGAGACAAAGCACUUCAUCUAUUUUUACUUGGGUCAAGUUGCAAUCCUCCUUUUCAAGUCAGGCUAGAUGGCCACAGUGAAGGUGUCAGUGGCGGUGGCAGCGAUGGCAAGCAGGCGGCGUUGCUGGGACUGUUUUGCACUGGGGCCAGCAUCAGGAUGUCCUCUCCAAUGGCUGUGCUACUGCAUGGACUGUAUACUCGAUUUCAUGUGUAUGUUGCAGUAAACAAAACCAAACUUUUUCUGUUUAGUUGCCUGGGGAAGAAGGCUGCUUUAUGUUUAUUUUUAAGACUUUAAAAGUUUUUGGUUGUAUUGCACUAGGAAAUCUCUUUCACCCCUCUCUUUUCUCUUUCUCUCCCUUUACAAAAUAAAAAAAAAAAACCUCAACUAUUUGUAAGAUUAGAGGGUUGAGGAAAAGAAACAGGUUUCUGGAGGUGGAACUAAAAUUGUACAGCUGCCUCUUUCUGGUGGUGGAUGCUGCUUUUUUGGGAGGACAAAGGAGGCUGCUGAGUGGGCAGUGUUAGGAUUGGCAAAGAGAGAGAGGGAUAGGAUGGAGGGUGAGGGAGAUUGAUCUCUAGUACCAGGGAGAAUAUUCCACUGAACUGUGAUUCCACGGCUUGGGGCAGAGGGUGGGGUGGGAGGGUAGAUUCUUAAGGGGCCCUGAGACGUGUUUGUCUGUGGUGUGUGGGAGUGGGGAGCAGAUUCGUCUUGCUGUCUGUCAAAAGAAUUUCUAAGUAAGGGCUGUGUCUUUGUGGAUUACUUUUUAUUCUCCUGCUAGAGCUCAUGCUAGGAGGAUGUUGAGGGUAGGAUUAGCUUGAAUUAUUUUUUGUUUUUUUUGUUUUAGCCCCCCUCCCCUUCAUUCUUCUCCUGUCUGCUCCCUGCUUAGCCCUCAGUUUUCUCAUUCCUCUGGAAUUCUCUUUAGAGCAGCCCCUGCUAGUUGACUAGUAAGGGAAUUUCUGAUGACUGUAGUUCCUUAGUUAAGUCUUAGCAAUCAAACCAAACCAAUGUCUUUUGAUUCUGUGUGUUUAAGUGUGUGUGUGUGUGUAUGUAUGUGUAUUGGUUUGGAGUAGAGGGGAGGGUGGGCAGAACUGAAUGGAAUCUCUAGAGAGUUUGGAUAGAUAGGAUGCAGUUAGUUAUAAGUGGACUUGAUGUUAAAAACCUCUGGGGUGACUGUUGUGGGAAUAAAGACAGAUGUCACCCCCUCAGCAUCUAGCUCAAACAUUCUGCUUUUCCUGUGACUGUGCUCCUGGAAGACCUUUAGAGGAUUGUCUACAAUGAAAUAACCAUACUGCCCCCUUCUGUGGAGCUGGGUCUUGGUGGAGAGGGAAAGUGACUGUGGAGUCCUAUAAUUUCUUGAACUGUUGAGAGGUACCAGUGGAUGUGUUAGUAUAUUAUGAGGAGCUUUGUUAGGAGGUCAGUCUUGGAGCAAUGAGGCCAGGUAACAGAAAUUGGAACAGGACCACUAUGGGAAGAGAUUCGAGGGAGAGUACAAGGGAAAUUUUGUCUGUUUAUCAAAUGGGGAUGGGAGACUAGUCAUUGCUGGUGAGCUGCUGAUUCUUAGACUCUUAGACAUCACCUUCAAAUCUCUUCGUGUGUAGGGUUGACAUUGGGUGGGGUGGGUUUGGGAUCCAGCUCAUUUCUUUUCCUUCCAUCUUUGGGGUUAGUGGGGAGGCAGGAGAAAGACUGAGUUUUCUCUUUGACUGGGGAGGGUGGGGACUGGGAUUGUGAAUGAGUCCCCUAUAUCAAACAUUUUGGGUAUAGGAUUGGUUGUUUGAUUUUAUUUUUUUAAUGAAUGUAUAAGUCUUUGUUUCUCCUUACCCUCCCAGACUUGUGUGGCCAGUUGGAAAUGUCUGGUUUGUGUUCAUCUCUCCUUCAUUUCUGGAGCAGGGGCUGAUACCCCUCCACAUCUCCUAUGCUCUGCAUCCAUGCCUCUUUUGGACAUUAAAGGUUGAUUGAUGCACCUCUGAA